AUGAAUAAUUCUAAUAAGCAGGCAGUCCGUGUGACUUACAUCUGGCUCUCAGGGAAAGAUACCCACCAUGAUAUUCGCAGCAAGGAUCGCACGAUGUAUCUUUCUCAAAAGGAUAUAUCUAAAACUCCAAAGUCGCUUGUGGAGGAAGGUGUUUUCCCCGUAUGGAACUUUGAUGGUUCGUCCACUGGACAGGCUAAAGGUCUUGAUACUGAAAUUUUGCUAAAACCUGUGAAUGCUUUUCAUUGUUGCGUUGAUCACUUCUCAACUAAGAUUUUGUGGAUUUUAGUCCUGGCUGAGUGUUAUCUGCCAAAUGGUGAGCCAACGUUUGAUAACACUCGAGCCUUAGCGCGUCAGAUUUUUGAACAGUGUUUGGAUGAGCACCCCUGGUUUGGUUUGGAGCAGGAGUAUUUUUUAAUUAAGAAUAAUCGUCCAUAUGGGUGGCCUGAGAAAGGGUAUCCCGCACCUCAAGGUCCAUACUACUGUUCAACAGGUUCUGGCGCGGCUAUGGGGCGUAGUUUUGUUGAUGAGCAUUAUGAAAUAUGUUUGGAAAUGGGCUUGAAUGUUUCGGGUACGAAUGCGGAAGUAACACCGGGUCAGUGGGAAUUUCAGGUGGGCCCUUGUGAAGGGUUGGAAAUGGGAGACCAAUUAAUUGUAGCACGGUGGGUGCUUCUUCGAAUUCUUGAAAAAUACGACUUGGACGUUGACUACAGUGCGAAGCCAAUCGAAGGUGAUUGGAAUGGUAGUGGACUUCAUACAAAUUUUUCCACCGAGACGACACGUGCUGAGAAUGGGCUUGAGGCUAUAUACAAGUAUAUUGAUCGACUGAACGAAUCCGUGCAAAAGGACAUUAUAUUUUAUGGCGCAGAAAAUUACAAAAGGCUAACUGGAAAGCACGAAACCGCAAAAGCAACUGAAUUCAGUUUCGGUGUUGGUACACGCGGAACUUCAAUUCGAAUUCCGAACUCAGUGGCAAGCGAGAAGAGGGGUUAUAUGGAGGAUCGUCGACCGGCUGGUGACGCUGAUCCUUACUUGGUGACGUCGCGUUUAUUUGCGUCUUGCGUCGGGCUUGAAACUCCCUCUCUUGAUAUUGCUUCCCCCUUACAUGAGAAAGAAUGGAUGCGAAAGGCUUUUUCAUAA